GCAAUCGAAACGAGCGCGCACAGUUGAUAUCUGUCUGUUUUCGUGUGAAGUUGGCAGAUUGCGUUCGAAAGAUUCCCGUUUGUAUUUUUGUGCAAAAUAUCAAAUUAUAUUGACGUGAUUUGCGAAACUGCAGCUGCCAUUCGCGAGAUCGUAGCGUGACGGACCCGAAUGACAUCCACCAUUGAUGCGAACUUUCCACUUGCCGCUAAAUCGCGUUGACAAGCAAGGAAUUAGAUAAAUGUAGAACUGGGCUCCAAGGUUAAAGUUGCAAUGGACUCGGUUCUAAUUAAUUGGCCAAAAAAUGGGCCUUGUCGCGAUUGUGGUGAGAGUUUCAUUGUCUCGUUUCUUGGAAGGGGGGGUCAUUUUGGUGUGACCCGCAGGAUGUUCAUUUUUAUAUUCCACACAUGAAAAUUGGCAAAAACUGCCAACUAUGCAAAUCAGCGAGAAGGCUUUGUGCCAUUCCAUGCACGUGUGACGUCUCCGCAUGGCCUGCCGUCGCGGCCACCACAAUGGUGAAGACGUUCCAGGCCUAUCUACCACAAUGCCAUCGCACCUACUCGUGCAUCCAUUGCCGGGCACAUCUCGCCAAUCACGACGAACUCAUCUCCAAGUCAUUCCAGGGCAGCCAAGGGCGCGCUUAUUUAUUCAAUUCAGUGGUGAACGUUGGCUGCGGCCCUGCAGAGGAACGAGUCCUAUUGACCGGUUUACACGCGGUAGCCGACAUCUACUGCGAGUGCUGCAAAACGACGUUAGGCUGGAAGUAUGAGCACGCGUUCGAGUCCAGCCAAAAGUACAAGGAGGGCAAAUUCAUAAUCGAACUGGCCCACAUGAUCAAGGAAAACGGUUGGGAAGAUUCAGAAAAUCGAAGAUCGUUUUCUUCAUAACACUUAAAUUCGCAUUGAUGAAAUGCUAACGUAUAGUGUUAGUUGUUAUCGUUAUAAAAACAAAAAAAAUCACUUUGGUGGCCUUAACAGCCAAAAAUAAGAUUCAAAGCACGAAUUUCAACAUGGACAUUUACAAUCAAAUGAACAUUUUUGUGACGUAGCAUAUUGCGUUCGCGCAAGUAAUGCACUGAAACUAGCAUUUCUUAACUUGACAUUGUUAUUGUUACGUAUGACGAUAAUUGAACAUUUUUCCGACUGAUUUGUUUUAAAAUCACAAAAUAUAGGCGUAAUCACCUUGCAUGUUAAAAUACGAUGGAUCGCUGUGUAGAUAUAUCGCUAGAAAACUAGUGUGAAUAACGGAUUAUAGUCGAUUUGAAAAUCUUAAUGGAGCUAGGCUUUAGAUUGACGCAAGAAAAACACAAAACACACACACACUCGAAGAUAGUUUUUUCGAUAAUUAAUUUCACCGAUUUUUUGUGCAAUGGGUAGCAAGAUGCUUUCAGUGGUUUUCUCAAGAUAAACUUAUCUGUGGUAAUAAGUCUGUGGUAAAUAUGAUCGAUUUAAAAAUACAAAUAAGGUGUUGCAAGGCACUUUACUAUUUUGUUGCCGAAAUUUGGGGCGUAAAUUAAAUUUGUUAUUUUUGAACAUAAAUUGCGGUUUUUGUCAAUAGCUAGGGUUGUCGCAGUCCUUUUUCUUCUUAGUUAAUUUUUUUGUUGAGUACAAAAUGGCGUGAUAUCCACGUUAUUGUAGGCGUAGAGCAAAUGAAGGUAAGUCCUUACCUCGCAUUAGAGCC